AAUUAAAUAAUUACUCUCUCAAAAACACAUGACAGUACAUAAUUAUCCUUCGGGGUCAGAGAUCCAAGAGAACCCGUGAGACCCAGAUUGAGAUCAGAAGUGGGUUCUGUUUGUUUAUCGAGAAAAAAUGCAGAAGAUGAACCAAGCAUUCGAGAAAGUGAAGAUGCUAGUUGGAAUGGAAGUGGAAGAUGAAGAAGAAGGUGUUGCAACAGUGGAAAGCAGUUCCUUUACUUUCAUGGACGAUUUCAAUAGAGACUGCACCCUCUCCACUAAACAAAGGUUUUACGGUUUUGCCAUAUGCUUUUCUACUGGCUUAGCUUGUGUCCUUUUGUCAAUGCUGGUGUUUUUCAAUCCAGUCAAGUUUGGAAUUACUUUCACAUUUGGCAAUUUGCUUUCACUUGGGAGCACAGCAUUCUUGAUUGGCCCAAAACGUCAAGUUUCUAUGAUGCUUGAUCCUGUUCGUAUAUAUGCAACUGCCCUGUAUCUUGCAAGUAUAAUUAUUGCUUUGCUCUGUGCUCUAUAUGUUCAUAACAAGCUUUUGACACUGUUGGCAAUCAUUUUGGAGUUUGGUGCACUAAUUUGGUAUAGCUUGAGCUACAUCCCUUUCGCAAGGGCCAUGGUCUCCAAGAUCAUGUUAGCUUGCUUUGACACAGAAUUUUAGGCUGAUAUACAAUCUGUAAAGAACUCUGGAGGCGUUGAUUGGAGAAGACAAUUCAACAUGUGUGGAUGAGACAUUUCUGAGGCUGUAUAUCGAGGGAGGUUAGUAGACCUCAGAUGGAUCAACUACAAACCUUUUAUGUAUGACGAUGCCCUGAAAAAAUCAGUUUGUUUUUCCUUUACCAUCCGGUUUCUUCUAGGCUUUCUUUUCUUUUUUUCCCCCCCGCUCUAGGUUAUGAUGAGAAUGAACUUGGCUAAGUUCGUAUGUAUUUACUUCAGGGCGAUGUUAGAAACCCUAAACCCUACAAAGUUUACUACUAUUGUGCAUGAAUAUAAGCUCACCUUUUUGCCCA